AUGUCGGACCGCCCAUCAUCGAUCACGCAGCCAGCACCUUCAGAGAAUGACGGCAGUGCCGUCGUCUUUGCGUCGCCCUCCUCGAUGGACACUAACUUUCCACAACUAGACGGUCCAGCACGCCCUUACCAAGCAAUGCUGCCUUUGCACACAUCGCCUCCAAAAAGUCCACCUGCCGCCGCACCAUCGGUGUCCACCACUCCCAUGAGCGCUCCCACCCCUCUUCAUGCGCCCUUCGGCCCUACACCCUCCUCGGCCACCUCAAGCGCCGCAGUCUCUCGUGUCAGCAGCACCCGCUCCAAUGCACCUCCAUCCUCCUCCGCCUCUACCACUCGCAUUCGCAAAGGUCUCCUCUCCAGAGCCGGGAGCGAAGCCGAAGACAGAUAUUCACGCGCUGCAUCCGCUUCCCACACCCAGCUCACCACCGACGAUGACGACGACGAAUACAUGAUCAGCGACUCAGGACCCAUGCCGCGCCGCUUUGCCUCUCAGAACCGCGCUCCAUCCGGUCCUUACAGCAGCUCUCGCCAAUCAUCCAACUCAUCACUGCCUCACACUACUCCGGCUAACCGAUACAAUGCCGCUUCCUAUCCGCUCAAUGCUUCCUCCGUCAGCAUCGCUUCAGGCAAUCGCAGCGGCAGUGGCGAGGCAAGCGAAGGUGCAGCUUCGGGUGUCGGCAGCGUCAGCCUCGGUCGUGCCAUGUCUGUCAGCUCUGUUAGCUCGGUCAACAGCACCAGCAGUCUCGAAGCUGUGCCCUUUCGCGAGGCUCCUCUCGGCAACGUCAGGCUAGGCUUUGGUGGUUCAGCUCUGCGCGUUUCUGGACGCAACGCCCGCACCAAUCCCUACAGCUCGCUCGCUAUCACCACACAACCACCAGCUGCAGGUCAAGCUGCCCCCUUGCAAGCCGCUGACCACCACCUCCCUACCACCACAUCAGUUUCCGACAGCCACAGCACAAACAACGACGCAGCAUGCCCUCCUUUCCUCUUCGCCGCUCCCACUGCAGCAUCGUCCGGCCAGAGCACCACGUUCCGCUCGCCCCUACCGGCAUCCGACAGGCACAAGGGUGUACCCAAGCCCGCAACCGAUGCCUGGAUGUAUCGCGUCGGCCCCGGUAUGCGCACCAACAGGCCACCACGUCCGUCUUCCACAGCAUCACCCGAGCUACCCGAGUCGCCACUGGAUGAGGGCCAGUCUCCUUCAUCACCUGCGAAACGCUCCCGCGAGGCUCUCCGUCAAAAGUUCGCCAAGGGCGCAGGUAGGCUGGGCAUCAAAACCAACAUUGUCACCUCAUACGCUCCAUCUGCUUCCGAGCAAUACACGGUUUACAACCCAGUCGACAGCUCCGAAGACGAGAUCGGUCUUGUGCCACCAUCCCGAACUCCACUGCCUCGCAGCUCGAGCUACUUUUCCGCAGCGCCCCACAGCGCCAAUACUGCAGCCGGCUCUCCACUACAAUCAUAUCCCCUCCUCACGCCCGUUCCAGCCGACUUUCGCACAAGUUCCAUCACCAAUGCGCCGCUAUUUGUGCCCAAAUUCGCCGAAGACUUGCCGUCUGUAAGGCCCACUCCGGAAUCCUCAGCCACGCCCAGCUCAGCGGCCAAUGGAAUGGUGCACGACCCGCGUCUGGCCACAAGCGCCGAUGCCAGCCUCGCUCCUUUCUUGCCGCCUCUCAGCUACGGCGCCCAAGUUGGCAGCAUCUCCUCCGACCUCUCGCCUUACCUCGCCGGCGGUGCCGCACUACCGGCGACAAGCAACAGCCAACAUCGACACAGAUUAUCUGCAACACAGAAGCCCGUCCUCAUGCGAAAUCAGAGCAGCAACGACGCCUUGGACCGGCUUGCCUCACCUGGUCUGUUCAUCCGCGAUCCAAGCGCCGCUACAGCACCCUCCGCCGAACCAGCGCUCUACACGAGCUCGACUUCCGCCGCUUCGACGCAGCGCUCGCCUCAGGUUGAGCUUGCUCUGAAGCCAGUCACUAGCGUGCAGGCAUCGCCACAUCCUACACCUGCACAAGUAGUUCAAAUGGAGGCGCAAGCGGGUAUCGCCUCGCUUCCGGACUCGCCCAGCGAGCCCUCGCCUGUACCUGCGAGUUACUCACCCGCCAUCGCAGAUGCAGCCAUCGCUAAUGCGCCAGUCAAGGCCAAGCUCCGACGUCCAAGUAGCGGUACGGGCAGCGAAGCCUCGCUCUCCUUGGGUCCAGCCACGACCGGCUCCUCGCGUCGUCCCGAAUCUUUGCAGCGCCAGCGAAUGUGGUCCAAUCCAAAAAGGCCUGCAAUCCUGCGCACUCAGACCAGCGAGAGCACGAUCAGUAAAGCUCGACGUAGUCAUAGCGCGGAUCGCAGAGCGUACUCUCCCAGUAGGCAAAGCCCGACUGAGGCUGUCUUGCACGACACGCAGUUUGACAGGCCAGGUACACAUUCCAAAAACAGCUCGAGCAGCACUGCUACUGGCGGCGACCUUGGUGCACGCGUAUCAGCUCAUGUUGCUGUGAUUCCGGAAGAUGACGAUGGCGUCAGUGGCAGUGUUGGUGCGCCAUUUCAUCCCGUUGUGAUCGUCCAAGAUGAUUCUUCUCGAAACUCUCUGCGACUCGCCUCUGGUAUCGAGGCGGAUCACGGCAGGGCGCUCUCGCCGACGAUCACGAUGCGUCCGAUGCCCGGACCACGCUCUGCCUCGCCUGCCUCGCAGUACGCAACCUCGCAGUACGCACGGUCUCCCGAAACAAUUCGCAUCGGUCCUUCGCGUAUCACCGACUCGCUCUAUGGCCGAAGUCCCGCGUCCAUCUCGAACCUGCAAAGUCCGCUUCUGCAGCCGUCGCCUACUCCAGCCGCACCGGAACGCGCCACCACCCCCUCUUUACGAGCCUCUUCCGCACGUGGUCCGCACGAUUUUCACUUUGGCGAGACGCUCGGCGAAGGAUCCUACUCGACCGUUUUGGAGGCGUGGGAUCUUGUCUGCGGCCCUUCCGCCAAGGAGCCCGGUGUGAUCGAUCCCAACGCUACCUCGGCCGCCGCGGCCAUGGUCGGUUCCGAGUCGUCACGAAAACGACGUCGACGAAUCGACUUGACCGGUCGCAAAGCCUACGCGAUCAAAGUGCUCGACAAGGUGCACAUUCUCAAACAGGGCAAGCAAAAGUAUGUUUCCAUUGAAAAGGAAGCGCUGAGCCGUAUGAUCCGUCAUCCUGGUGUAGUGACGCUGUUUUGGACGUUUCAAGAUCGGGAGAGCCUCUACUUUGUCUUGGAGUUGGCCAACAACGGCGAGUUGUUGAACUUUAUUCGCAAGCAUGGAAGCUUUGAUCGAGAAUCGGCUCGGUUUUACGCUGCUCAGUUGGCCGAUACGAUCGACGCCAUGCAUACAGCGGGGGUGGUGCAUCGCGAUGUGAAGCCGGAAAAUAUCUUGCUUGACGCCAAGUAUCGGAUCAAGAUUACUGACUUUGGCAGUGCCAAGAUCGUUCACCCUGUGGGCGAAGCUGAGGCGACACCUGCAGCUUCGGCUGAAAAGGAAACUACUUCUGCAGCUCAGCCGUCUCGUGCGGCGAGUUUCGUCGGAACUGCAGAAUACGUCUCGCCCGAGUUAUUGGUGGAGAAAGCGCAACCGGCGGGCAAACCAGCCGAUUGGUGGGCUUUUGGCUGUGUGCUAUUCCAGAUGCUCGCAGGUCGACCACCUUUCAAGGGAGUGAAUGAGUAUCAGACGCUGCAAAAGGUCAAGAACCGGGAAUUCUCCUUCCCGCACGGGUUUCCGGAAGAUGCACAGGACUUGAUCAACAAGGUUUUGGUGCUAGAUCCUGCGCGACGACCAAGUGCGCGCGAGAUCAAGGCUCAUCGAUUCUUCGAGGCGAUCGCAUGGGACGAGCUGUGGGAGAUGGAUGUACCGCAGAUCAAGACAGGGCUGGUGCAACCUACGCCGACGCACCAGCAGCAGAGGGGAGAGGAGACGAGCGAUUUCAGCUUCGACGAAGGGUUCGGUAGCUCGGAUGAAAGUCAAGCGUACAACGGGGACACGCAGAGCAUCGAUCGGGAGGGCGAGGAGAGCGAGUUGAGUGUGGACAGGCUACCUGAUGCGAGGCGUGAGCAUGAUGCGGACGACUCGGAUCUGUCGGAUGACAGCUCGAAUCGCGCAGAGCCGCACUUGCCCAAACGGCAGAGCGGCUUGCAGAGGUUGGCGGACGGAUUCCAAAGUCGAUUCAUGUCGAGUGUUGGUGCUUCGGCGAGUCCGCAAGCAAACGGUGGAGCUCCUAGACGAAGAUUUUCAAACAUGUCGAUCGAGGCUCCGGCUCCCGCUCCCGUUGCGAGUGGCGCGACCUUGGAAAGCAUUGGUGUGGAAGGAUCGAGCUCCGGCGCGACUCGACCCAUGCGCCCAUUUUCACGAUCCACGCAGACCAUGUCCACCCACACGCACACGCACACGCACACGCACAGCUCAAGCCCAAACUCGACCACGCGAGCUCAGCAAGCUUGCGUUUCCAGCGCUGCUGCCACCUCGGCAGGCGGCGGCGGCGGAGGGCUGCAGCAGAGCUGGGCAGCUUUGCUGCUGCCCAAGGAAAUGAUGCUGUACAGCCUACCUGUGGCACAGAAAAAGACGGGUACGGGAAAGAUGUUUACCAAACGCCGACAGUUGGUGCUCACUGACUUUCCUCGCUUGCUGUGCGUCAAGGAGACGGCUACAGCACUCAAAGUGAAAAGCGAGGUGAUUCUGGCAAUCCCGAGGUCGAAUGCGACGAUGGGUGGCGACGCAACCGGCGACUUGGUGGAGAACUCGUCAGGCAGACAAGCUUUCAAGGUGGCGUCGGACGGCGAGCAAGUGGGCGAAGCGCAAGGUACCAGCCAGGUGCGUUCGACGAGAGAGCAGGUGAUCCCGAAUCUGUUGACCGCGUUGGAGUACAGAGGCGGCAGAAGCUUCACGGUGCGUACUGCGAAUGCGAGGGUGUUCCUUUACGAGACACUGGCAGGCGAUGCGGGCGCGCUCGUCAAGUGUAUACAGGAUGCGAGGCGCACGGCCAAUUGA